CCUCCUCAUCGUAUUCCUCCUCUGUUCUCCCGACCUGCGCUCCGGCCAGUCCCUCCUGCGUUUUUGUCAGAUCCGCCAGAGAUACGGGGCGCUCCCUUGCGUCUGUUCAGGUGGCCUACCUAAGCAUUUACCUGCUGUGGACUGAAUCGGUCACUCUGCGCCACCAGGGGAUAGCACUAUGGCUUGUAGCAAACCAGCGGUCUGCUACCUGUUGCUGGGGCUGUGGAGCGCCUGCUGGUGUCUUCAGGUCGACGAGAAAAACGGGACAUUCCCCCGAAAUUUUGAGGUCCGCUCCCUUCGUAGGUCUGACAACGAUAGCUUCUUGUCGGAAGUCCAUAUACGAUCGUUAUCAGGUGAAUCGCCACCACCGACUGCCACAGAUGUUACCUUGAAGACGUCCCUGCCCUCCUGCCGACACCACGCUGUCUCCUCCUUCACCCACGCGUCCAUAAACGCCUCGGUCACAUGGUCAUGUGGUGACCUGACUGCCCCAGCGCCAGGGCACCUCCGCGGCCAGGUCAACACCCGGGAGAAAGGCGAGGGACUAAUGCUAAUAGCCGACCUCGCUCGUAAAAAUGUUGUAGUCACGUCUUCUGGGGUGAAACUAGACUUCAGAGGAGGCCAGACGACUCUAGGUGAUUUAAACGAACCUACAUCCUGGCGACUGUGCGUCCAGAGUCGUAAUAAGACAGACCAGUCCUGUCGUCGUUCCUACGAUGAUGGCCCUCCCCAAGGAGACAACCGCUUUCUGGGGGAGCCUGCAGGCCAAAUUGACCCGCAGUGCACCCCGACUUUCACGGAGCCAAAUGAAUUAUAUCACGGUCGUGGCGCCGACGGAAUUCAUACAAAGCAGCCGGAGCACUUCGAAGGUGUGGAGUUUGUGACACAGUUAUCUAAGGGCAAGAUAUCCGUCAUGAGCCGAUCUCUCUCGGGCGACCGGCGUCUCCUCGUCUACACCUCUUCGACGGAGGGUUCUGAUCCCAGCAUGUGGAUGUUGCAUCUCCCGACUUUGAACUUGAGGCUGAACGCCAGUUCAACCUCCUGGCGUGAUCACCUGAAUGAUCAUAGUUAUUUCGAAGCUGAGAUGACGAAUCUCAUCACAAAGACGAAAGUUAAAAUCACAAGUAAGGAAGUUCUUGUCCGGCAGAGAGACAACCUAGAUGAUACUGAGAAACAAGUUCAAGAAGAAAACAAAGGGAAGGAAGCAGUUCGAAACCAUUCACCCAAGACGAUGGAGGCAGGCAGUGAAGAAGACCCGGUUGCUGAUAGCAGUUCUCAGGAAAACGACAGGUGCACAAAAAGGCACCUGGAUGAGGGUCCAGUAGGGACUGACUUUCAAGAAUCUGAAGCGUGUUCCUUUGGAUUUGACAUGUCAGGAUCAUUCCGUCCUGCCAAGUGUAUCCCCGGAUCAAAACUUGUGAAGCAUGUCCAGCAGACUGUCGCCAGCAGCAUAUUCAACUUACAAACUACCAUGACUGUAGACGCCACACCCGACGGAGAGCACAUCAUUGGCAUUCUCCAGAAGACAUCGCUCCCCGUCUGUCCGAAUCUCGACUCGGUCCUCAAGCAAAUCUUCAACUUCUCGUCAAGUUUCACCGGAUGGGAAUAUGUCGUGUCCCAAUGGUCGUGGGGCAGCAUGUUGGUCGAAGCGCAGUGGGGUGUUAGCUUCUUCCAGUACUAUCACAAGAUAUUCGCUUUUAAUACAGAUCAGAACAGCCCUCUGCCCAGCAUACACUUCCUUUUGGAUUUCCGUGAUUAUAAGGAGUUCCAGGUAAAGGCAAAAUGUCCAACACUAGGGAAAUCAUUGGUCUUCACCCUUCACACUGACGCAAACCAUCACACUUUCAUGGUGAGGAGCAUGAACGAAUUUAUGCCCCUCGACUCCUCAACUCUCAUAAAGGUUGACAUCGAGGUCAUCCGCAGUGACUUGGCAGUGACGUGGUAUUUCGAUGAGGAAAAGACGUUCUCUAUCUGGAGCCAAGUCUCUGAAGCUGUGCUUGAGGCUAUAUCAAGUACAAGCUUCUGUGGUCAGAAUGCAAACAAGAAAGGGGUCAAAACCUUCAUCAUGGAUAUGUUUGGUGACACGUCACUUCAGUUGAUGCCGGAAAUAUGGGCCCUCCUAACCAUAGUGAGAGAAGUGGAGGAGCUUCAGGAUCUCAAGGUGUUCUUCAAGGAAACGAAUCAAGAUGUUUUUGACUUUUCAUCUUUGUGGUCAAACCUGCGGGCCUCAGGGUACAAAAUGGGCCUUUUGGAAGCCCAUCCACAAGGCAUAGGAGUGACGGUGAAAACACAAGGUAUUAUCUGGGUGUUCUCUACUGCUAUGGAAGCCUGGAAUGUAGUCUCAGGAUGCAGCAAUAAUUGUGACACUACUCAUCAACUAUCUCGCUUGAUUGAAGACUUUGUAGCCUCAUUCCACCAGUCUUAAAUAGCACCUUAACUCUCAUAUUUUAUCUAGGUUUAAGGAUAGCACAGUUAUUUUUUAAAAAUAUAAAAUGACUGGUUGAAUUGAUAAUGGCAAUAACCAGAGCCACUCUAAUUAUGUUAAUUAGUUCACAUCCAAAUGUUUUUUUUUUCUUUCAUUAAUAGCCACAAACUAGACAUCGUGAUCUUAUCUAGACUUUAACUAUGAAUCUCACUGAACAGAUUUUCUAUAAAGACAUUUCUGGUGAAAGACUGUCAUUCCUUUUAUUCAGAGAUACAGAGUAAUGAAGGUAUUGUAUCAAUUGGCAUUCACAAAGCCUAAUUGUGUUUUACUAGUGGACAUUAUUUUAUUUAUUGAAAAUUUUCUGCCAUGUCGCUAUCUAAGGUCAUUAGCGACAUAUACAAAACAUAGCGAUAAGGUGGGGCUUGGACACAAUGCCCCCAGGUAAAGUUUUUUGGUUCAGUAAGACAAUGUUUGUGGGUUUCCAGAAUGGCCAAUGGUCAAAACAAAAAAUGUACAUGGCAUCGAAGAUUACACAGCAUUAUGGUGAAGUAUUGUGGCAAAAAGAGUAAAUAAGAGUUAACGAUCUGGGUAAGUCUUCACUUCCUAAGCCCCCUAUGGCAACAAGAAGCAAAGGAUUGGGGGGAGUAUCCAUGGAUAUGCUCUAAUAAACAUGUUAAAUCAAAA